CGCCUUAAUUUUCACCUGAAAACGCACAGACACUGCAGCAUCGGCGGCGAUAUUUCAUUCUAGGCUAAUUCCUCUGCCGGACUCCGCCGUGGUGGUUAGCCUACUCAUGGGUUCAGACGAGCCGCUGGUUUUCCGUGAUUUGGAGAUCAAUGGAGGUGGCGCGACGGCGACGGCGACGGCGACGGUGAGGUUUGGGUUGGUUAGAGAUUUGUGGGGGAAUUUACUGAAAGUGGUGUUUGGAACGAAGCUGGCGGCAUGGACACUUGGUUUGAGCUUACUUGGAUUGGCUCACCUUGCAGAACGUGUCAGUUUUUUGACCGAGCAGAUUGCAUUCUUCACGGGGCCCACAGUUGGAGGGCUAGUGAAUGCAACAUGUGGGAAUGCAACAGAGUUGAUAUUAGCAAUGUUAGCUUUACACCAAAACAAAAUCCACAUCUUGAAAUUCUCCCUUUUGGGUUCCAUUCUUUCCAAUUUACUUCUAGUUCUUGGCACAUCUCUUCUCUUUGGAGGCUUAUCCAAUCUCAACAAGCAACAAACAUUCAACCCAAAAGUCGCGAACGUAAGCUCUUUAGUGUUGCUACUCGGAUUGCUAUGCCAAAUGCUGCCAUUGAUAUCAAGAUUUGCAUCACCAUCAGCUAAAUUAUGGACAGAUUUGUCUGUUCUAGAGCUAUCAAGAACUUGCAGCAUCAUAAUGCUCAUAGCUUAUCUUGUUUAUGUGUUCUUCCAAUUGAAAACCCAUAACCAAUUUUUUGGUCUACCAGAGGAGGAAGAGGAUGAUGAAGAAAUGGCAAUAAUUGGGGUUUGGAGCUCGUUUGGUUGGCUGGUGGGUAUGACCAUUGUCAUAGCUGUUCUAUCACAGUAUGUUGUGGCUACAAUUGAGGAGGCAUCACAAUCAUGGGGAGUUUCGGUGAGCUUUAUGAGUAUAAUUGUGCUGCCGAUUAUGGGUAAUGCAGCUGAGCAUGCUGGGUCGGUUAUAUUUGCUGUGAAGAACAAAUUGGAUAUAACACUUGGGAUAGCAUUGGGAUCAGCAGCUCAAAUUUCACUGUUUGCGGUGCCUUUGAGUGUAGCUGUUGGAUGGUGUUCGGGCAUCAAAAUGGAUCUUGAUUUCGGUCUCAUCGAAACCGCGUCUCUCGCCUUCGCCAUCGUCCUCACUCUAUUCACUCUACAGGACGGAAAUUCACAUUACAUCAAAGGAAUGGUACUUCUCUUCAGCUACAUAGCAAUUUCUUUUUGCUUUUUUUGUUCAAACUACUGAACUCAUAUGCACGGACGUAACACAACGCGGUUAGAAUCGUUAAAUAAUCGUAAUCUGUUUAAAAAUAGAGUAAGAUUGAAUUGUAAUCCUAUUUUCGGGUUGGUCAGAUACUAACGUAAGCGUUGCCUUCAAAUGGUCGAGUUA